AGCAGCGAUCAUCCGCAGCAGGCACAAUUAACGGCUCCAACAACAUUAGGCAUUGCCAAGGGUGGUUGUUUCUGCGGUGUUUGUUCCUGAGACGAAGCCGAAGUUCUUGUGACACGGCAAUAGGAGAAAGUUUCUUCUUGACAACAAAGGUCUGGGUGCAGCAGUGCAUAGACUAUACAGCAGCAGCAGCAGUGUCCCAACAUAGCACGUGCUGGAGAUGGACAUCGCGGAGGAGAGAGUGGCCGGCAGCAACGCGGUGGUGGGCGUGAAGGCCACCUUCAGGGUUCAAGGGAAGACCGUACACCAGUUCGACUCUUUCGGGAAAAAGGAUUCGACGGCGGCUGCUGCUGUUGCUGCUGCUGCUGCUGCUGCUGCUGCUGCUGCAGUUGUUGGGGAGGAGGGUCCCAUGGAAGGCACGGACAAGUAUAACUACCGGUAUACCGGGCGACACGACCAUGGCACUCUCCCGGCGCUCAAGACCGGCGGCUCGCACGGGGAGCUCGUCAAAGCCAUCCACGACGCAAAGGCCGAUAGCGAUGCCUUCCUGACGGAAUUGCUAAACAAGGAGGCGAGCGCUAGAGAUAGCAAUCGCACCGAGGCCGAGCCGGGGGGUGCUGGUCUAGGCGGGAAGCCGCGCGCCACGACUGGCGAAGCGAUGGAGCUGGAGCCGUGUGGAGCCGGAGGGGGGCCUGAGGCGUCUCCGCAAGGGGGCGCGCUGCCGCCGACACCACCUGAAGCACAACUGGCGAAGCGACCAAGACCAUGACGUCACAUCUACGUCGCCUGGGAUGGAUUCACAACUCUGUUUCGAGGGGGCCAGAAAUUGAAUCUGGGACGACCCAUGCGCUCUGUGCUUCUUGACAGGCAGAGCAAUGCGUUACCAAGAUUGGCUGGGAAGCUAGCAUAUUUUGCCUCAAUGUUGUUGCGUGUCGAAAGCCUAGACGUGUGCCAGCUAGCGGCUCGUUGGCGCGAGCUACUUUAGUCAUGGGGUACUGCGGGCCUCGGUGUUUGGCAUUAACACGGGGGCGAAAUAACGAACGGAGGCAGAGUUUGGUGAAACGGGUUGCCGACGGAUGCGAGGUUGGACCUUACAGUAGAGCCUACCCACCUACGACAACGCAAGAACUCGUUUUUGCGUGUUGUGUUCGUAAAAAUACGCUGCUGUUGCACACGCCGCGCGACGGGAGUUUUUAGCCCAACUGAUCCAUAGGUUGCACGCUGCUAAACGGGUAGAGAGCGUAAGAAGGACAGCUGCACCGUUCGACGUAGACACACAUUCUUCCUCUCAUUCUGCAGCUGAUACGCCUAACCUGGAC